AUGAAUGAAAAUGGACAAAGAAACUUCUUCGUAGAAAUAUAUAGUUGCAAGUCAACUAUUAGAGACGUAAAGGCCGGAGUCGCCCAAGGAGAAGCACACAUAAGCAGACUUUACGUGUACUACCAGAAGUGGGGAAUACGGAUAAAUACCUCCAAAUCGGAACUGGUAAGCUUCCGGAGGCCCGUCACCAACAACAGCCGCUGUAGAUCGGCGGCAGUGGCUCGAAACCUUGUUCUGACGUUCCCGGAUGGAUCAAGGAUUAGAGCCAAGAAGAACGCCAAAUACCUGGAAAUACACUUCAAUGAUCUGUUGUGCUUCAACCCACACUCUAAGGCUGUGAUAACGAAAGCAAACAUCGCACUCUAUCGAGUUCAUCCUCUCUUGAAGAAGAAAACUGGAUUAAGUAAACCAACAAAAUUGUUGAUAUACAAACAACUGCUAAGACCGGUUAUCACCUACAGUUUUCCGAUAUGGUUCACCAUAUCAAAAAAUGCAAUGGAAAAAUUUAAAGUCUUCGAGAAGAAGAUACUAAGGAUAUGCACUAAUCUACAAUUCGACCGUAAACGACCAAAGCACUAUAGCAAUCGUAGAGUCUACGAAGAAGCUGAAAUCAAGCCACUCGACCAGUUCCUUGCACAGGCAGCAAGUAAGAUAAUCACCAAAGUCGCUAGCCACCCUAAUCAAUUAAUGAGAAGGAUGACCAAUUAG